AAGUUUUAAUAGUUUUUGUAAAAAAGUUCAGAACGAAUAAUGUCUUCUGGUCUGAAUUACACACAAGUGUUUCUUGUUCGUUUUAUUUGCACUAGGUAAUUCGCCCUGUUCUAACCGCCCUUCGUAAUCGAGCGACCAAAGGUCAUUUUAUUUCCGGUUGCAGGUCUCACUGCAUGGUGUUGGUCUCUAAAAUGAGCACAAGGAAUAUCGCUCGCUUUUGGGAAUGGGGAAAGAAAAUAAUAUGCGUCGGGAGAAAUUAUAAAGAUCACGCCAUCGAACUCAAAAAUGCGAUUCCUAGCGAACCCGUGCUUUUCCUGAAGCCCCCGUCUGCUUACGUCAGGGAAGGGUCUCCUAUCCUGCUUCCCUUCUACACCAGCAGCCUCCACCAUGAAGUCGAACUGGGGGUGCUGAUUGGUCAAGGAGGAACUGCCAUUCCUCAGUCUUCAGCCAUGGACCAUGUGGCUGGAUACGUGUUAUGCCUGGACAUGACAGCUCGGGACGUUCAGGACGAAUGCAAGUCCAAAGGUCUUCCAUGGACCCUGGCCAAAGCUUUUAACACCUCAUGUCCCAUCAGUGACUUCAUUCCCAAGGAGAAGAUCCCAGACCCGGGGAACAUCAACCUGUGGUUGAAGGUGAAUCAUAUUGUGAAACAGAAUGGAAGCACAUCCCAGAUGAUCUUUUCCAUCCCGUAUCUCAUCAAGUACAUCAGCCAGAUCAUAUCUUUGGAGGAAGGUGAUCUCAUUCUCACUGGGACCCCUAAAGGAGUGUCAAGUGUCCAGGAACAAGAUGAACUUCAAGCUGGGAUUGAUGGCAUUGUGACUAUGACGUUCAAAGUGGAUCGAAAAAAAAAGAUUUAAAAGAUUUAAAUUAGAAUUGAAGACAGUUUGCUGCAAAGCACAGCCAUUGCAAUAGAAGUGACACAGUGAUUUUAAAGUCAGUUGAACUGGAAACAUUGUAUGAUGUUUUUUUUAUUUUUUAAAUAUUUUUUUGUAUUUUGUUUGGAGAUCUUGUGCCAUUGUCUUUCUGUAAAAUUAUUUGAGGUUGAUUGGCUUUAUUUGACCCGCUGGUCUUAUAAGUUAUGACAGGUCACAUUUACAUUUUAUAAGGUCUAAAUGUUCUUUAAUCAGAGCAGCUUUGUUUUACUCACCUCAGAUUGACUAGGUUAUUGACAUAUGUGACCCUGGACCACAAAACCAGUCAUAAGGGUCUUUUUUAUUGAAUAAAUAAGCUUUCCAUUAGUAUAUGGUUUGUUAGGAUAGGAACAUAUAUUUGGCCAAGACAGAACUCUUUGAAAAACUAGAAUCUGAGAGUGCAAAUAUUGAGAAAAUCGUCUUUAAAGUUGUCCAAAAAGUUCUUAAUUUUUUACUAAUCAAAAAUUAAGUUUUGAUAUAUAUAUACAGUAAGAAAUUUACUAAAUGUCU